UUCAAACGCGGAAGCUGUUUUGAAUGGUCCCUGCUCAAUGAAAGAAUACUGAAACAAAAAUGAAAGUUCGUUCAUCUGUAUUUGCGUCGUUGAUUUUAAUAUUUGAAAUCUUGGGUGUUGCCUUCUUCCUGAGGGGAUUUUUCCCCAUGUCUGCCAUAUCGUCUCAGCGGUCCAAGAGCAGGCUGUCAGACCAGCCUCCGGAGCCGCUGGCAGGAGACAUGCCUAAUUCGUCGUACGUCGUUAAGCCCUUGUUUAAAAGGGUGGUCAUCAUGUUAGUUGAUGCCUUGCGGGAAGACUUUGUGUUUGGAGCCACUGGUCGCAAGCACAUGCCCUACACCAGACACCUGGUGGAGAGAGGUUCAACACUUAGCUUUGUGGCUAAAGCUAGGGCCCCUACUGUCACCAUGCCCAGGAUCAAGGCUCUCACCACUGGUGGUAUCCCAGUUUUCAAUGAUGUGGUGAGGAAUUUGAAUUCUCCGGCUCUAUUGGAAGACAAUCUUAUUUGGCAAGCCAAAACGGCGGGGAAAAAAAUGAUCUUUUAUGGAGAUGACACAUGGCUACACCUCUUUCCCAAACACUUUAUGGAGUAUGAUGGUACUCAAUCGCUUUUUGUGUCCGACUACACUGAGGUUGACAACAAUGUGACCGCUCAUUUAGAUAGCACCCUUAAGAGAGAUGACUGGGACAUUCUCAUCCUCCACUAUCUUGGCCUGGACCAUAUUGGUCAUAUCAGUGGACCCCACAGUUCUCUCGUUCCACCCAAACUGUUGGAAAUGGAUGACAUCCUGAAGAAGAUCCACACUGCCCUCAUUUCAAAGGAGGCAGAAGGAACUCUGCCUUAUCUGCUGGUUCUGUGUGGCGACCAUGGGAUGUCAGAGUCAGGGAGCCAUGGAGGUUCUUCAGAACUAGAGGUUAAUACGGCCCUGGUGCUCAUAAGCCCUGCCUUCAAGAGGAAAGUGGGGAUGGAGAAGCCUACAGAAGUGGAGCAGGUUGAUCUGACUCCGACCCUGGCCUUGUCACUGGGUUUGCCCGUUUCUCAGAACAACGUGGGUCGUGUCAUCCCUGGUGUUUUGGAAGAAAGCUCACUCAGAGACCAGCUGCGGUUCCUGCAUCUCAAUGGCCACCAGCUGAAAUGCCUGCUCAAAGACAGCAUUCCGGACUACGAGAAAGAGCCAGGCUUUGAACAGUACCGUAUGGCAGAGAAGGCACAUGGGAGCUGGAUGAAGCGCUACCUGGAAGGAAACGGGUCAGAGGUGUUGACUAACAUGGGGAAAAAGGUCCUGAAGCAGUAUUUGGAGGCCCUGGCCAGCAUGAGCUCAGCCCUCAGCAAAUAUCAGGGCAAGUACGACAUGUACUCCAUAAUUGCUGGAGUGGCCUUUGUGUUUCAGCUGCUGUUGGUCUUACUGCUGGCGAUGCCCCAAGCCCUGAGUGGCGCAGCGGCAGUGGACCUCCCGGUGGUCUCGUCCCUGCUAUCCCUGCCUUUCUACCUAUUGUGCCUGCUGCUCGCCUCCGUGCAUGUGUUGGUGUGCACAUCCACGGAGAGCUGCUGCUACUUCUGCAGCUUCUCCUGGGGUCUAGUGUUUGCCGCUAUCACCGUCUCUUCAGCAAUAUCCUGUCUGCUGCUCUCCAUGAUAACAAGACUACUCUCCCCGGGCCCAAAGUUUCAUGGGAAGUCCCCACUGCAGAGCAGUAGCAGUGAGUCGUCACUGUCAGAGCUGGAUGUGUUGCUGCUGGUGGGCACAGCCAGUCAUACCCUCAGUUUGGCGUCCACCAGCUUCAUAGAGGAAGAGCAUCAAACCUGGUACUUCCUACUCAGCACUCUCUGCCUAGCAGUCUUCCAGGAUGUGUGUCGCAAAUACUUCAGAGAGAAGAACGACCCUAGGGAUGAUGAAGAGUAUAUCAUUCCUCCCAAAGACCGUCUUCCUGGGUACCCCAAGACCGAGGUUUGCUCAGAGAAGUGGCUAGCCUUAGCCACGCCUCUCUUUACUCUGCUUUGCUGCCGACUGCUGCGCUCCCUCAACCAGACUGGUGUGCAGUGGGCUCAUCUUCCUGAUGUGGGCCAUUGGCUGAACAGCGGUGAACACAAAGUGGUACUGUCCCUGCUGGCUGCUUUUUGUUUGGCUCUUAUCUACUUCCUGAUCCAAAGACGGUGCUCGAUGGUGUCCAAGGUGGCCCUCGCCCUUGGACUCUUGGGGGUUUACAGCUACCGGGCAGCUGUCGGCAACGUCUUGUUUCCUUGGCAGCAACCCACUCAAAAUAUGUCCAAGGGCACCGUGGAAGCACGCUUUGUAUAUGUGUUCAUUUUGGGAAUCCUGUUCACGGGCACAAAGGACCUGUUGCGAUCCCAGAUCAUCACAGCUGAUUCCAAACUGAAGAACAGAGGCUUGUGGGAGAUUUACAGUGGCCUGGUCUUGUUGGUGUCCCUGUUGUUCCGUGCCCACAACCUUCCAGUGCUGUGUUGCUGUCUACUGAUCCAAACCUGUAUGGCUCAGUUCAUCUGGAAGAAGCUCCACUAUGAUGCAGCCCAGACCACCAUCAUGCACUACUGGUUCGGCCAGGCCUUCUUUUACUUUCAGGGCAAUUCCAACAAAGUUUCCACUAUUGAUGUCUCCGUUGGACUUGUUGGUUUGGAGAGCUACGUCGAAGCUCCCGCCAUCUUCUUAACAGCCCUCAGCACAUAUGCGGGGCCCCUGCUUUGGGCGUGCCACCUCGUCUGUUACCUCAGCUCAGAGAAACACAGGACUUCGGCUGCCAUCAGCCAUGGUUGCUACUGCCUGGCUGUGCUUAGGUCCGUGCCAGCCGCAGCCUACAUAGUCCUGAUAACCAUCAUGCGCAACCAUCCCUUCAUCUGGAGCGUCUUUUCUCCGAAAUUACUCUACGAGGCCAUGCACUUGCUGCUCACCACCGGCGUCUGUCUCUUCUUCAUCGCCAUGGAGCAAAGAUCCAGCUUCAGCGCUCUAUAGUGCGCAUAAAGGUCAAAGCAGGUAACAAAGUUUAUCGCCCUAACAAAUGCCAGGAUAAUCAUUCAGCCUCUCCAAGAAGAUCACAGGUGGAUUUCCUGACUCGGUGAUAACUGCUCCAUGAAGGAUGUCCGUUAGCAAGACCUCGUUUGGACUGCAUCUGGAAGUGAAGUCCUGUAUCUGUUAGCCGUUUUUCCACCAAGAGCGACCGGACCUCAGCCACACUCCAGGCGUUGUCUGCUAAUUGGCGGAUGGCAGCCACCCAAAGAGGUUACUACAAGUUUCCAGCUGGCUCCACUGCUGAAGCCGCUGAUGGACGCCCAGUUCUGUGGUGAGGCUGCACACACUGCCAGUGCUCUUCUGCCUCACUGCCUCACAGUCUGCUUGCAUACAUUCACUACUUACACUUUUACUGGAAUGGACAGAUGAAGGUUUUCACUUCUACCAAUCAUAUAGACACUUUUAAGUCAUUUACAAGAAAACACAUCUCCCCUCGUAAAAACUGUCUUCCGGCUGCAAGGACACGUCCGUCCAUACAGUGCAAAUCACACUGCAGCGUAGAUGCACUCACAUUAACCAAGUGAUAUACAAAGCAAUCCAUUACUUGUGUCAGAUGUACGAUAUGCACACAGAAACGUGACGUUAAUUAAGCUGAGGACAAAUAGGAAACUCUUGUAAAACUCAAUGGGACUAAGGACUGUUAUUUCAAGUCUAGAUAGUUCUCAUCAUGUUAAAAAAAAAACGUAUUUAGAAGGUUGUUAAUAGGUUUUCUAUGCUCUAACUAGAAAUAUAUUUCAUUCAAUCCUACUUUGUGGAAAUUCACUUAUCACGGUCGGGUCUGGAACCAAUCAACUAUGAUAAAUGAGGGAUUAGUGUAUAGAUGUUUUAUUUCCUGCCCAUAGACAUACAGUAUACUUUAUAUGGCUCAAAAUCCAAACUUGAACCGUGGACAGGAACUGUAGAUGCCCACUUACAGCACGCAUCAGCAAUAGAGAACAUUUUUGGAUGGUUGUUGCCUUUUAAAACCAAGACUUUGCAGACAAAUGGAUAAGUGUAGUAUCAAAACCUUUUAGGGAUAUUGAUUUUGUUAAAGUAUGGACAGCAGACACUCAGCCGCAGUAUCCCAUAAGUACACCUGUUCAUCUCAUAUCAUGAGGAGCUGCUUCCACAACACUUAUUUUGUACUACUACUGUAGUACUUCCACCUCACGGUAUUCAUUGUGAUGGAUAUCCCAUCACGGUUGUGUGCACAGCGCUACAACAAUGUACCAAGUGUCUUUCGGGAUUGCCAAAGACAUUUUGUUUGAUGUCACGGCCUCACCCGGAGGCUCCAUCAAGACUCUCUGGCAGUGUGCACGUAUCAACAUUCAUCAUUCUUCCAAAUUUCUGCAGCGCCAUCACUUGUGCAGACACCUCAAGAGAGGACGUUAGAGGAUGCAAGUCAGCAUUUUUUCACCUUGUGUGACUAGAGCUUGGAGGCUCAUUACACUAAUGCAGCAACACAAUCCAACUAAAGAUCCCUCACCCGCACAAUCCCCCCCCAACCCAGCUUCAGAGAACACUGAUUUUAUCAUUAUAGAUAUCGUGUUUGGGCGUGUGCAAACUUUUACAAUGAAAUUUCAGCAGCGGAUGAAUGCUGUGCUCGCAGGUCCAAGUGCGCUCAAUUCUCAUUUCGACGAGGGAACAAAUAGAACUUGAUCAUAAAACUCAACUUGCAGCUGGAAAUAAUAAACCGCUCGACUGAGUAUGCUUCAUAGGCUUUCGCCGUUCAUCUAUAUCACAGCGUCUGAAGCUAAAAUAAAUGCAGUCUGUCCGUACAGUCCAAAUGGAUGGCAUGAAUAUUUCACUACCAUCAAUGUACCGUGAUAAAUCAGCAUACAUCAUUAAAACUUCAACAACAGGCACCUUCAAAGUAAGGACACAAUUUAAAAAUCCAGAUCAAGGGUGUCCAAAGUGUGGCCCAGGGGUCAUUUAUGGCCUGAUGAUGUUCUUUUAUUGGCCUGUGGCACAUUCUAAGAGCAUUAGACAAGAAAAUGUAUUUAAAAAGAAAAAAAACAGCAACACUUUUAUAAGAAUAGUCUCAAUAAUAAGAGAAAAAGUCAUAUUAUGAGAAUAAAGUUGUCAUACUAGGGGGAAAUUAUUUUAGUAGCAUAAAGUUAAAAUAGUAAAGAUUUUUUUUAAGUCAAUAUGAGAAGCAAACAAAAGAAUGUUGUAGUUGAAUGUCAUAGGAAUAAAGUCAUAUUCCAAUAACAAUUUGAAUAAAGUUUAAAUAUUAAAAAAAGUAAAACAAAAAACAACAAGACCAAAAGUACUAUUAAUACACCUUUUCACCGAUCAAAUAUCAAAGUGGCCCUUUUAUUCUUUUUCGGUAACAGAAAGCAUCGCUGGAUUCCACUUUCCCUGAUAUCGUUUCUCCAUAGCUGCGAUGUCCUGGUGGAAUCCUUCCCCGUGCUCAUCGCUUACUUCUCUGCAGAAAAAGUGUAUCUUCGCUGACAUAUACUUUGUAGGACUUCAGGAGGUUUGCCACCAGCUGCUUAUAAUUAUCUGCAUUGUAGUUUCCAAUAAACAUUUUAUGUUAAAACUCUA